GUGUAAAAAAAUAUUUAUAACUAAACAUAUUGAUUGAAAUAUAAAUAUGUCGGAAUCAUGUGUGUUCAGACGAAGACCGUCGACGGAAAACUUAAAAUCCGACGUUAAUGGAAACAAUAUGGCGUCCAUAGGGGAAGUAAAAGGAGGCGGGGUCUCCCCCGAAAGAUGGGUGGAGAGACCAACCAUGUUUCAUUCUCCGCAAGAAAAGAACAAGUCAAGAAAAAGCGACUUCUCUGUGAAGUCCUUGCUAGAUCAUAACGUUACUUCUCCCUCCGACAGCGGCUACGGUAGUGGGAGUCCAAGUCCAGACCAGAAUAUGAUCUCGUCACCAAGCUGGAACAUUGAUGGUAAGCAUACGAAAACAACGUUCUUACCGAUAGCACCAUCAAGCACCAAUUGUCCACCGAAAGAUAUGUGUUUAUCUGCUGACUUAACCCCAACUGCUAUGUUUCCACUUUAUUACCAAAGACUGCUGUACGCAAUGAACACGCAUUUUCUCGCGCGGCAAUCGGCAGGGCAAAUAUCCACAUCGCCGGCGGGGACGCAGAGCAUGAAACUCCCGCCAACAGCCCUUCUUUCUUCCGAUGUCCAAGCGAAGGCGAAACGAAGCGAAACAUACCGACCGACUGUGCCGCAGAAACUUGAAAUUAAAUCUGAGCGAUCAGAAAAAAAAGAAUCAAAAGCAGAUUACCAAAACGAAGCUUUAAACCUAUCGCUUGAAAACGUUCAACUUGAAAACAAACGCGAAACAAGCCCGAAAAGCGACGAACCCGACACUUUGAAAAACAAUUACAGCCAAAGGUAUUUUUCAAAGUUUAGCGCAGCUUAUGAAGAUAUGAAACACACCAAAUCAGAAAACCAACACCAACUUCCAUACAACACGUCACAAACCGCUACGUCAGGUAUGCCGGCACCAACAUUUCGACCCGACUACUACAUGAUGCAGAUGGGGAAGUUAUUAUGGGAGAACGCGGUGCGGAAAGCGGCGAUCGCUCCUUCAGCCAACCAAAGUAACUUCAAUUCAACUUACGCGGAAAGAUUACAGAAAUAUAUGUGCGCGGUUGCAAGUGGGAGGCCAGAUCUAAUCAACCCGGCCAUGUUUCCAAUGCAAGGGCCUUUCCCAAUGGGCACGCCAACACCAAUGCUUGGGAAUAACGCUUCAAAAAAUAUGAAGUCAUUUGCAGGUUACGAAAACAGCCGCUUGUCCGACCACCUGAAAGAGAAACAACGAUGCACUGAGGCCCGUGCGCCCGUGGUGAAUCGCUCCCCUUUGUUCCCCCAACAUUCAACCGGUGUGAAAAUACCAAAUACGUCAUUCCAUAAUUUUACUACAAAUAUGACCCCACCCAAAACCACCUCACCCACGAGUAGCGUAGCUUCGUCCAACAACGGUGACUCUAGUGGCAACAUGAACUCGCGCUGCAAACGAGGUCCGAAUUCUGGCUACAAGUCCCUGCCUUAUCCCCUCCGCAAAGAAAACGGAAAGAUUGUGUACGAAUGCAACGUUUGCUAUAAGAGGUUCGGACAGCUGUCCAAUUUAAAAGUUCAUCUACGAGUUCACACCGGCGAGCGUCCGUUCAAAUGCGCUACUUGUUCAAAAGGCUUCACACAGUUGGCUCAUCUACAGAAACACAACCUCGUACACACUGGUGAAAAACCACACGAAUGUAAUGUCUGUAACAAACGCUUCAGCUCGACGAGUAAUCUCAAAACUCACAUGAGACUCCACAACAGUAACGAAUACACAUGUGCUGGGUUAAACUCAAUGCUCGGUAAUGUCCCAUCGUCACUUCAAUCUGCGCUACACUUUCAUACGGGCCAAUCACCGUCGCUGAGGAGAUGGUAUUAAGUUACAAACGCGAACUCGGCGUUGUAGCUUCUGCUGGAGUAACUUAAAUUGGGAAACAACGCCCUUUGAUAUUAAGUAUGGCUGCCAAGGCAAAGACAACAG